GACAAUGACGAUGAAGGAACCGUCAGAUACAGCGCACGAAUCACUUGAGAAAAAACAUGAUAUGGAUUUGGAGGACGCCUUGGAUUUAGUUGGCGUCGGCAGGUACCAGUACUUCCAUUGCGUACUUAUGUUGACUACGUUGGAAGCAGCGAUCUUUGAGAUCAUUGGCAGUGCUUUCAUCCUUCCCGCGGCCGCCUGCGACCUUGGCUUAUCGGAUGAAAUGCGAGGGCUUAUCGCUUGUAUACCUAGUAUCGGUAUAAUCCUGACUACACCAUUCUGGGGUCGCCUAGCGGACAAAUACGGGCGUAAACCAGUGCUGACUGCAACCUGCGCGUGCGCCGGCCUCGCCGGCCUUAUGGCUGCACUCAUGCCGAAUUUACUGACAUUUGCCAUUUGUCAGUUUGUCGCAUCACUGUUUCUGACUUCUCCAAGUUCGCUGGGCUUCGCAUACGCUGGAGAGAUGGUACCUCGCAAGCAAAGGGAUCGCGCAGUCUUGAUUUGCAGUGGAUUGCUUUCCUUCUUAGCAGCGCUUUGCCCUAUCUUGGCUUGGAUUGUUCUAUCCUUCAACUGGCAGUUCUACGUUGGCACUUUAAGUUUGAGACCCUGGCGUCUUCUCACAGCUGUCUACGCAGUCCCUCUCAUCCUCACAGCGAUCUGGAUGACUCAGGCAAAAGAGAGCCCCAAGUUUCUUGUAUCUACGGACAAGCCUGAACAAGCGUUGGAAGUUUUGAGGCACAUCUUUGUUAAGAAUACUGGUUUGCCAGUUGAGGAAUAUUCCGUAAGUUAUUUUUAUUUUUUUAUUGCUUAA